UAAUUUUGAAAGUCAAGAAAAUACACAAAAACAAAUGUCAAUUCAAGCUAGUUUAAGUGCAAUAGAGAUAAAAAAUGAACUUAUAGAAGAAUUAGUUGAAAGUUUCAUUAUUGCUGAUAUUCUACUUGAAAAAGUAGAUCGUCUACUUCCUUUUUUUAAAAAACAUCUCAAAUAUGGUGAAACAAUUCCUUAG